AUGCAGAUGGUGUACAGUAAUAGCCUAGACGACGGAUGCGAUGCAUUUGGAGGAAACCGAGCGCCACCGCCGCCUCCUAUCACUGUUGCAGAUGACACGCCGCUUCCUCCGUUCUCUCCGCCGCAGCUGAGCACCCCGGUACCAGCACCACUUCAUCAGCUUCAUCAGUACCCUCAUCAGCACCGACAACAAGCUCUUGCUCAUGAGUCAGUUUCACCAACGUCCAGUACAGGCUCGUCAUCCAGCCAAAAGUCUUCGCGACGGCUAUGGAGUCCAAUGGAGGACCUGGUGUUGCUGACGCUAAUACUCACUCACAAACACGCGCUACCUGCAGCUUCCAAUGCCAAACGGUUUUGGGAGUUUGUCAGUCAACAGCUGCGUCAAGAACAUUCCCUGCAUCGAAACACUCGCCAAUGUCGCGACCGCUUCAAUCUCUUGUACGCGAGAGGCGUAAGAAACGCUGCCUGCAAUAUCGAGCCAAGCUCACACAGAGACGCUCUUACUUUAAAGAUAGCUCAGGUUUUUGAGUCUUCGGACAGAGGCCACUACAAGUUAAGCCGUGCAUCUGAACAACCCAGCUUAGGCACCCCAUACUCCCUGCAGCAUGCACAUAACAACAAUCCUCAUCAACAUCAUCAUCAACAUCAUUUGCAAAACCAGUAUCAUAUCCCACAUGCUAGUGCGUACGCUGAGAUGGAGCCCGAAACUUCUCAUAAUCUGCACGGUUCGCAUCCGGCACAUCAGGAUCCGUUGCAGCUUGGCCCUACGCAAGAUCUCUCACAUAUUUCAAAUUCAGUAACGUCUUUGGUAUCCACUUCCCAAACGUUAGCCUUGGAAUUCCAGGAUUUAUCGCAAAAAUUCGCACUGUUAUCGGAUCAAGUCAAGCACAUUCAAAUGCGAUUGGAUUCUUUCCGAGGAUCCUACAAUAAUGAUUCAGCGGGGUCUGGUCCCCCGCGGUCAAGACAGGAUCUUUAG